GUCACGUCAUCACUUCCAGGACGCAAUUCUCGCGAGAUUGAAGUUCAGGAAGUUCCACGUCAGUCUCUACUGUUCCCUGAAAUCGCAACGGUUCAACACAUUUAUUUGAUCUUAUUGCGACAACCCGGGGAUAAAACAUGCCUCUGAGGCUGGACAUUAAGCGGAGGCUGACAGCCAGGUCUGACCGAGUAAAGAGUGUGGACCUUCAUCCAACUGAGCCAUGGAUGCUGGCCAGUCUGUACAACGGCAGUGUCUGUGUGUGGAACCACGAAACCCAGACUCUGGUUAAGACUUUUGAAGUGUGCGACCUCCCUGUAAGAGCGUCCAAAUUCGUAGCGAGGAAGAACUGGGUCAUCACAGGAGCAGAUGACAUGCAGAUCCGUGUCUUCAACUACAACACCUUGGAGCGGGUCCACAUGUUUGAGGCCCACUCGGACUAUAUCCGCUGCAUUGCUGUCCAUCCUACCCAGCCAUACAUUCUCACCAGCAGCGAUGACAUGUUGAUCAAGCUAUGGGACUGGGACAAGAAGUGGUCCUGCAGCCAGGUGUUUGAAGGUCACACUCAUUAUGUUAUGCAGAUUGUCAUCAACCCCAAGGACAACAACCAGUUCGCUAGUGCCUCCCUGGACAGGACAAUUAAGGUUUGGCAGCUAGGCUCUUCAUCUCCCAAUUUCACUUUGGAGGGUCACGAGAAAGGAGUAAAUUGUAUCGACUACUACAGUGGAGGGGACAAGCCUUACCUGAUAUCAGGUGCUGAUGACCGCCAAGUCAAGAUCUGGGAUUACCAGAACAAGACAUGUGUCCAGACUCUGGAGGGUCAUGCCCAGAACGUGUCAUGUGUCAGCUUCCACCCGGAGCUGCCCAUCAUCAUCACAGGUUCAGAAGACGGUACGGUGCGUAUCUGGCACUCAAGCACUUACCGCCUAGAGAGCACACUGAACUACGGCAUGGAACGAGUGUGGUGUGUGUGCGGCCUCAGGGGCUCCAACAAUGUGGCACUCGGUUAUGAUGAAGGCAGCAUCAUUAUCAAGGUGGGUCGGGAGGAGCCAGCCAUGUCUAUGGACACCAACGGCAAAAUCAUCUGGGCCAAACACAGUGAAAUACAGCAGGCUAACCUGAAAGCCAUGGGCGAUGCUGAAAUCAAGGACGGAGAGAGGCUCCCGCUGGCCGUCAAAGACAUGGGCAGCUGUGAGAUUUACCCCCAAACCAUCCAGCACAAUCCCAACGGAAGGUUCGUGGUGGUGUGUGGAGAUGGAGAGUAUAUCAUCUAUACUGCUAUGGCCUUGAGAAACAAGAGCUUCGGCUCAGCGCAGGAGUUUGUCUGGGCUCAUGACUCCUCUGAAUAUGCCAUCAGAGAAAGCAACAGUGUCGUCAAAAUCUUCAAAAACUUCAAAGAAAAGAAAUCUUUCAAGCCUGACUUUGGAGCUGAAGGGAUCUAUGGAGGUUUCUUACUUGGUGUGAGGUCAGUGAACGGCCUGGCAUUUUACGACUGGGAGAACACGGAGCUAAUCCGCCGCAUCGAGAUCCAGCCCAAGCAUAUCUUCUGGUCAGACUCCGGUGAACUGGUCUGCAUUGCUACAGAAGAGUCGUUCUUCAUUCUGCGCUACAUGGCAGAAAAAGUAGCUUCCUCCCAAGAAAACAAUGAAGGGGUGACAGAGGAUGGUAUUGAAGAUGCCUUUGAGGUCCAGGGAGAGAUCCAGGAGAUUGUGAAGACUGGACUUUGGGUUGGAGACUGCUUCAUCUAUACCAGCUCUGUUAACAGACUCAACUACUACGUAGGAGGAGAGAUUGUCACUAUUGCUCACCUGGACAGAACCAUGUACCUGCUGGGUUACAUCCCAAAAGAUGACCGCCUCUACCUGGGAGACAAGGAGCUCAACAUUGUCACCUACUCUCUGCUGGUCUCCGUUCUGGAGUACCAGACUGCCGUAAUGAGGAGAGACUUUGGGAUGGCUGACAAGGUGCUGCCAACUAUACCUAAAGAGCAGAGGACCAGGGUGGCACAUUUCCUCGAGAAACAGGGUUUCAAGCAGCAGGCCCUGGCAGUGUCCACAGACCCAGAGCACAGGUUUGAGCUGGCGUUGCAGCUGGGAGAAUUGAAGAUUGCCUACCAGCUGGCUGUGGAAGCAGAAUCGGAGCAGAAGUGGAAGCAGCUAGCAGAGCUGGCUAUUAGCAAGUGCCAGUUCGGCCUGGCCCAGGAGUGCCUGCACCAUGCCCAGGAUUACGGAGGCCUGCUCCUCCUCGCCACUGCGUCCGGUAAUGCCAACAUGGUGGGCAAGCUGGCUGAGGGGGCAGAAAGGGACGGCAAGAACAACGUGGCCUUCAUGACGUACUUCCUGCAGGGGAAACUGGAUCAGUGUUUGGAGCUUCUAAUCAGGACAAACAGACUACCUGAAGCUGCCUUCCUGGCUCGCACCUACCUGCCCAGCCAGGUGUCCCGCGUGGUCAAACUGUGGAGAGAGAACCUGGCUAAGGUCAACCAGAAGGCGGCCGAAUCCUUAGCAGACCCUACAGAGUACGAGAAUCUGUUCCCUGGGCUGAAAGAAGCCUUUGCAGCUGAAUAUUACCUGAGAGAGACCUGCUUGGGAAACUCCAGGCCGGCUAAGGACUAUCCACUUGUUACACCCAAUGAAGACAGGAGUAUUCUUGAAGAGGCCCAAGGAUACGAACCCAAAGGAAUCUUCAUUCCUCAAGUCUCCAAGAAACAAGACGAUGAAGAGUCCACCACGGUGGUAGAAGCUCCUGUUGCCGCUGUGACACCUUUACUGCCCGAACCUGCUGCUCCUACACCGGUGCAGAAAGUAGAGGAGACCCCUGCACUCUCAGAGGAAGAAAAAGAAAAGGCUCUGGAUGACCUGGACGUGGACCUGGACAACAUGGAGCUGGACGAUAUUGACACCACAGACGUUAACCUUGAUGAUGACUUCCUAGAUGAUUAAGACUUCCCACCACUCGGCUCCCAAGCACUCUACAGAGCAUAUUUAAAAGAAAGAAAGAGACCAAACGCUUUCCUCCCCUUUUUUUUGUAUUUGUACGUAUAAAAAAAAAAAAUGCUAUAAUAUCAUGAUUGCCUUUCACAGCAUCAGACUUUAGGCAGGAGAUGAUGAAAUCAGUUGUUUUAUUCUCAGAAGUAGACAGAUCGUAUCUAUUUCAAACACUUUCAUGGGCUAACAGUCCACUGGGCAAUAUGUUAUUUACUCUUUGUUUUGUAUUGUCUGUAAUGGCAAGUGAACGUUCAUUCAGUCCAAUAAAUUGUUUGCUGUACAUAUUCA